GCAACUCCCCGACUGGUUUGUCAAACAAGGAUGAACAUACAGUUUUUACGAAGCGAGACAUAACUCAAGGGCUACUGGAUCAAGACUUGGCAGCAUUCGACGCACGGUGCCACUUGUCAUUGCUACAGAAACUUCUGAUCUCCGGGUAUGCCACUGCUCGCUUGAUUGUAUGGUGUGCAUUCAAACUCGUUCAUGUUAUGGGGUCAAUAUCUACGCACCUGCUUAUCCCAUGCCGACGUUUUUUCCAUCCAUGUAUACUAACUAAAUCAAUGUCGAUGAGGAUGACUUCAUCGCUUGUCACAGCACCUCCUACAUUGACCCCGCUUACGGGGUAUACCAGGUUUAUA